ACAAUUAAUAAAUAUGCAACUCUUUUUACAUCAUGUCAUUUUAUCUAUUGACAACUGUCAAAUUGUGAACAUAAAUAAUUCCAGCACAAAUUUUGUCUCCCAAAACUCUCAAAACAUUCAAAAAAUGACUGUAACAGAACCACCAGAAGAAUCGGCCGAAGCCGCGAAUGAAAGUCAAACUGAAGCCGAGAUUGAACAGGAGAAAACUUUGAUAACAACGUUCGUCCAAGAACUACAAGACAAAUUCAACGCGAAACAAUCCCUGCGUGUAACAAAUCAAAAUGCCGCAGCUACCCGGCCCACUGAUUCCCAUUUCUCGAAACUUGACUCGAGUCUCAAGAAAAACACUGCCUUUGUCAAAAAAAUUAAAAAUUUCUCAUCAUCUCAAGUGGACAGUUACCUCAAAGACAUGUCUGGCCUGAAUUUGUCUAAGUACAUUUCGGAGAUUGCGGCCGCAAUAGUUGAAUCCAAGCUCAAGAUGACUGAUGUGCCUGGAGCCGUAAAGAUGUGUAGUAUACUCCAUCAGACAUAUGUGGAGUUCUCACAGCAUUUGUUUGAGAACUGGCAGAAAAAUUUAGCAUUGAAGGAGAAGAUCCCAAACCCCAGCAAAUUGAGAGUUGAUAUUAGAUUUUAUGCUGAACUUCUACAAGCUGGAAUUUUUGCCAACAAAAACGCUCUGAAUUUGCUUGGCUCAGUUUUGACUACUCUCAUUAAUAUGGACAAAGAAGAACACUAUAAUAUUGCCAUCGUAUUGAGUUUUUGUAAACACUGUGGGGAUGAUUAUGCAGGUUUGGUCCCAAGAAAAAUGAGACAGCUAUCAGAGAAGUAUGAUAUUCCUAUUCCAAAAAGCAUGUUCUUAGCUCCUGAAAAACAGCAGAACGUUAAGUUAUUGCUAAAGGAUUAUUACAAUUCAUUGUCAAGACAUUUGGUAAAGGAUCAUCAGGAAAUGCAGAAUUUUGAGAAACAAAACAUGAGGAUUUUACAAACCAAAGGGGAAUUGAGUCAAGAGAGAAAAGAAAAGUUAGAAACACUUCAAACAGCCUAUGAAAAGUUACUGACAUCAACACAAAGUUUUGCUGAUAUUUUAGACGAAGAUAUGCCUACAUUAAAAGCACAGACAUUGCCAAAAACUGAAGAAAGUAUGAUUGUAACAGGCUCAGGAGCAGAUUUUGAAGAUUGUUCUGCAAAUCUCGAGAAUAUUUGGUGCGAUAUAGAGACUCAAAAAUUCUAUUGCGAUUUGCCUGAACUGCAGGCUUUCUUACCAACAUCAUAUAUAAACAAAACUCAAACACCUCCAGCUGAAACUGUGUCUGAAGAAGUGCUUGAUUCUGAGUUGCCAAUUGAAGAACUGGAAGAUGAUGGGAAAAGCGAAGAACAACCACCAAUUGCGGAGGAAGAGGCGGACGAUCCGGCGGCCACGAAUGCGAGCAACAAAAUUGUCCUCGAAGCCUUUCUGAACAAUCUCCCAAAUUGCGUGAACCGGGAGAUGAUCGACAACGCUGCCAUCGAUUUCCUCUUGACAUUAAACAACAAGCACAACCGUAGAAAAUUGGUCAGGGGUUUGUUCGGCGUGAACAGAACACGCCUCGACUUGUUGCCGUUUUACGCAAGGUUCGUGGCAAUUUUACAUCCCGCUUUGCCUGAGGUUGGCAAUGAGUUGUGCCAAAUGCUGAGACAGGACUUCAAGUAUCACGUGCGCAAAAAGGAUCAGAUCAACAUCGAAUCAAAGAUAAAAGUUGUCAGGUUUAUCGGCGAAUUGGUUAAGUUCAAAUUGUAUUCGAAAAUUGAAGCGCUGUAUUGUUUAAAGGUGCUACUGCACGAUUUCUCACAUCAUCAUAUCGAAAUGGCGUGCAAUUUGUUGGAGGUUUGCGGCCGGUAUUUGUAUUGCAGCGCCGACUCACACCAAAGGACUAAGGUGUAUUUGGAACAGAUGAUGAGAAAGAAGGCAGUUAUGGCGUUGGACUCCCGUUACGUUACGCAGAUCGAGAACGCUUACUACCACGUCAAUCCGCCGGAAGUUGUCACGAUUGCUAAGAAAGAAAGACCAGUUAUGCACCAGUUCAUUAGAAAGAUGUUAUAUAUUGAUUUACAGAAAAACAACACAGAUAAAAUCAUGCGACUGAUGCGGAAAUUGGACUGGAAUAACGAGGAGAUUGCGGCUUAUGCUGUUAAAUGUUUAACAGGAGCGCACAACUUGAAAUUCUUUAACAUUAGAUGUUUGGCUAAUUUGUUGGCUGGUUUGGUGGCUUAUCAAGAGGAGGUGGGAACCAAAGUUGUUGAUGGAGUUUUGGAGGACAUUCGUUUAGGGAUGGAAAUUAAUUUGCCAAAAUUCAAUCAGAGACGUGUAGCUCAAAUUAAAUACCUUGGAGAAUUAUACAACUACAGAAUGGUCGAAAGUUCUGAUGUAUUUAAGGUUCUAUAUUCAUUAAUAACCUUUGGUGUUUCAAUGUAUCCUCACAUCAUUUCGCCGUUGGAUCCUCCUGAUCAUCUAUUUCGAAUCAGGUUGGCAUGCGUCUUAUUGGAAACUUGUGGAACGUAUUUCAGUAGCGGUACAAGUAAAAGAAAACUGGAUUAUUACUUGGUUUUCCUGCAAGCUUAUUAUUGGUACAAGAAAGAAUUGUGGAAAUCAACCUUUCCGCCAAUUCUCGAACACUACUUCAAAGACACUUUAACGACGCUCAGACCCAAACUAAAACUGUGCCACAGUUAUGAGGAUGCUCAAGUUGAAGUAGAGAACAUCAGAAAAUCAUUAGGAAUUGAAAAACUAACAGCCGAGUUAAGUGAACCUAAAGAUGAUGGAGCAUUGGACACAAUUGCAGAAACAGACACAGAGGAACAUGACGACGAGAUUUCUGACGGUAUAACUGCACCGAUUACAGACGAUACAGCGACAGAAGACGAGACUGUUGACAAUACACAAGGAUCAGAUGAUGAAGAGCCAGAAGUAAGUGAGGCAGAGCAAGUUUCCGAAUCACACGCCAUUCCAAAGGGUCCGAAAAAAGUGGACUGCGCGGAAGACGAUGAUUUCUUAAACGCCUUGGAUAAAAUGGUCUCAGAAAACAUACAGGAAAGAAUGAGGGAACCUGUGAAGGCGGGUUAUGUUGAUAUUUCCGUGCCAGUAGUUCUGAAGUCCAACAAAAAGACUUACGAACAAUUGCAGGACACAGCCGAGGCGGAAAACAGCAAGGUCGGUUUCGUGUUGAUGGUGAGAAAGGGAAACAAGCAACAGUACAAGACUUUUGAAGCAGAUAUUGACUCUGAAUUGGCGCAAAACUUGCGGGAUCAAGAACAGGCUCAGAAAGAAGAAAAGGAGCGCGUUAAAAGACUGACGUUAAAUAUUACGGAGAGAUUUGAGGAGGAAGAUUAUCAGGAGAUGAUCCAACAACAAAAUAGACCAGUUACACAAAAUUUGAACAGAGAGAGGAAAAAAUAUCAGCAUCCUAAAGGAGCUCCUGAUGCUGAUUUGAUUUUUGGUCCAAAGAGAGUUCGAUAAUUCAAUUUUGGGAAAUACCUUGUUGGCUUUAAACGUGAACUGGGUAAAUUUGUUUGAGUGUUUGUGAAUUUUUUUAGAGAGAUUGAGUUAUGUAUUGUUACAGAAUUUAAAUAAAAAUAAUUUUCGAUUUAA